GCAGCCGAAGCUCUGGAGCUCUGCUCAUCUCUGCUUCAGACCAGUGAAGAUGAACAGCAGGAGUCAGGAGUGUGUGCGAGCGCUCAGAUACAUCAGUAAAGAGGAAGCAGUCGCCAUAGAGACAGAGUUGCUAAGGGAUUAUCAUUUUGGACGGCAACAGCUGACGGAGAUACUGGGACACGCAUGUGCGACUGCCAUCACAAAGGUUUUCCCGCUGUGGUCUCUGGAGAAGCGGCAGCCGACCGUUCUGGUGGUCUGUGGGCCGGAUCAGAACGGCUGUGUGGGCCUGGCGUGUGCUCGUCAUCUGCGUGUGUUUGAAUACAUCCCCACUGUCUUCACUCCCAAACGCUCCUCAGACAGUCUUCAUCAGGACCUGAUGGUUCAGUGUGAGCGGAUGGACCUGCCGUCCCUGUCCUACCUGCCCACUGAGGUGCAGCUGAUCAAUGAAGCGUAUAAUCUGGUUGUGGACGCAGUUCUGGGUCCAGAGACUGAAGCAUCGUCAGUCGGAGAGCCGUUCACCGGAGUCCUGCAGACGCUCCGAGGACUCAAAGUGCCCAUCGUCAGCCUGGACAUCCCGUCAGGUUGGGACGCAGACGAGUCCAGCUCAGACGGGAUCAGUCCUGCGCUCCUGGUCUCUCUGAUGGCCCCGAAGAGAUGUGCCCUGAACUUCCCUGGAUCACACUUCCUGGCCGGACGCUUCCUGCCCUUUGACCUUCAGAGGAAGUAUGAUCUGAACCUGCCCAAGUUCUCCGGGACGGAGUCUGUGGUCCAGCUGUGAUCCACUGUGUGCAGACAUCUUCACUUAAGGGUUUAACGUUUUAUUUUAUUCAAUGUAAAGGUUUGAUCAGUGUUAAAGAUUUAGCAAAUUUUCAUUUAAUCAAUUUCAAAAAUCCAAUAUUUGGUGAUAACAUAGCC